AAGAGAUCCGCUCCUUCUGUCUCAACUCAUUCCCCAAAUUUAAGUGGUUUCUUAGACCUCUCUAUCUGCAUGAGGCAUAUUUUCGGACAACCCUCAGCUGGCGGCGUGGGGUCCUUCAGGGCCCUAGGCAGGGCACGUGCGGGAGGAAGUAGCUCUGUGGUUCCGCGUUGCCUUAAAGAGUUUCUCAACGUGAAGCUAUGGGAGGUCUGGAGAAGAAGAAGUAUGAACGAGGCUCUGCCACCAAUUAUAUCACCCGAAACAAGGCCCGGAAGAAGCUGCAGCUGAGCCUGCCUGAUUUCAGACGGCUGUGCAUCCUGAAAGGCAUUUAUCCUCAUGAACCCAAGCAUAAGAAGAAAGUUAACAAGGGCUCCACCGCAGCCCGGACAUUUUACCUUAUCAAAGACAUUAAGUUCCUCCUCCAUGAACCCAUCGUCAACAAGUUCCGAGAGUACAAGGUGUUUGUUCGGAAGCUCCGCAAAGCCUAUGGGAAGAGCGAAUGGAAUGCUGUUGAGCGCCUGAAGGACAAUAAACCUUGCUACAAACUUGACCACAUUGUCAAGGAGCGGUACCCCACAUUUAUCGAUGCUUUGCGGGACCUCGAUGAUGCCCUGUCAAUGUGCUUCCUCUUCUCCACCUUCCCUCGGACGGGCAAGUGCCAUGUGCAGACCAUUCAGCUGUGCCGCCGGCUCACUGUGGAGUUUCUGCACUAUGUCAUCGCUGCUAGAGCCCUGCGGAAGGUCUUCCUGUCCAUUAAAGGCAUUUAUUAUCAGGCUGAGGUGUUGGGUCAGCCCAUCGUAUGGAUUGCGCCCUAUGCUUUCUCCCAUGAUCAUCCAACAGAUGUGGACUACAGGGUCAUGGCCACCUUCACUGAGUUCUAUACCACACUCCUGGGCUUUGUCAACUUCCGCCUCUACCAGUCACUCAACCUUCACUACCCACCCAAGCUUGAAGGUCAAGCCCAAACAGAGACAAAGGUCAGUGAGGACACAUAUGCAUUGGACUCCGAGAGCUCUAUGGAGAAACUGGCUGCCCUCAGUGCCAGCCUGGCACGAGUGGUGGUGCCUGCUAUAGAGGAGGCUGAAGCUGAUGAGUUUCCUACCGAUGGGGAGGUGACAGCACAGGAGGAAGAUCGAAGGAAAGAGCUGGAGGCACAGGAAAAGCACAAGAAACUCUUUGAAGGCCUGAAGUUCUUCCUGAACCGAGAGGUGCCCCGUGAAGCAUUGGCCUUCAUCAUCAGGAGUUUUGGUGGGGAUGUAUCCUGGGACAAGUCUUUGUGCAUCGGAGCCACCUAUGACAUCACAGACUCUUGCAUCACCCACCAGAUUGUUGAUCGGCCGGGGCAGCAAACCCCCAUCAUUGGCAGGUACUAUGUACAGCCCCAGUGGGUGUUUGACUGUGUGAAUGCUCGGCUCCUCCUCCCUGUGGCAGAGUACUUCCCUGGGGUGCAGCUGCCCCCACAUCUUUCGCCCUUCGUAUCUGAGAAGGAAGGAGAUUACAUUCCCCCUGAGAAGCUGAAACUCCUGGCUCUGCAGCGGGGAGAAAAUCCAGGAAACUUGGAAGAGGACGACGAGGAGGACAAGGAUGAUGACAAUGAAGGUGACAGUGAUGUUGCAUCGGAAAAUGAGGAGGAAGUUGUGGAAGCUGAAUCAGAGGAGGAGGAGGAGGAGGAGCACCUGUCAGCCUUGGAGCAGCAAAGGCUGGAAGGAAAGAAGCCCCAGGUUAUGGCUGGCACUGUGAAGCUGGAGGACAAGCAGCGACUGGCCCAGGAGGAAGAAAGUGAGGGGUUGCCUAGAAAUGUCGGGGGCAGUGGGACUCUGACGUGGCCCAUGCUCCACCGGAUGGCCAGCUGUUUCUGCACUGCCUACAUCUGGGGCUCCCCUCCCCAACACUACCACCAAGCCCCAGGCACCCUCUAUUCCCUUCUGGGCUGGCAGCAGGACAAUGGACCCCUUGGCCCAUCGGAGACAAACAGGCCUUGUUGGGCCGGAGGCGGGGGCGCGAUAUUGCGCCCCAGGGAGCUGAAUACAGCUUCUGUGCCUUUUGGGCAGGCGCGCAGUGGACAGGACGGGGGAGGGGGCCGUGGCGCCCAUUGGCCCUGGCGUCAGGGGCCGGGCCAGGCUGCUGGCCUCACCUGGCGAGUGUUGAGAGCGGGUGCGGCAGCCGCUGCGGCGGCGGGGCGGGGGCCAUGGACCAGGCCUGCCAGCGCGCCGGGUCCCGGCGAGUGCGCCCCGCCGCCCAGUGAGCGCCACGGCGGCGGCGGGGGCCGUGGCCGACCCCUGCCACCUGGAGCCCAAGGAGAACAGGGCCAAGGUAUGUCGGGAGGUCUUGCACUCACGCUGGCUAUGCCCUGCCUCAGCCUACUCCCUGAACGUCCCGCCUACACUACCCCAGUAGCCAAACUGGGAUCGAUCGAUCGUGCUUGCCCAGUAAGGGAUGUAGAAAUGCUGCAGAGCUGCUUCACCGACACUCUGUCCUACAAGCUCUGGCUGGUUGCUUGCCCUGCUCUGGGUGCCCCUUCUCCCCUGACCCCCCGGAAUCCCUGA